AUGGAUAAUGCGGGGGACGAUGACGACCCUCGGUUGAUGGAGAUCGAGACCUUGGAGGCGAUAUACCCCGAGAUACGCCACGUACUCUCCUCCCCAGACCCGUCGCAAAAGGGCGAGCCGCGAUUCACAUUCGAGCUGGAACUUCCGGUACAGCCAGCAAAACCAGUCACGGUUCUCUUCCCAGCUGCGUCGUCUGGCGUAACACAAGACGAGCGCCCAGCCCCCGCAUCUGCGUCUACUCCUGCAGCCCUAGCCGUAGAACCAGUCGACUCCCUUCUUGUGUCUCAUCUGCCUCCUCUGUCGCUGAAGAUUACGCUCCCAGAUGGGUAUCCCUGGGACAAGCCGCCUGCUGUGACGAUUUCCACUACGCCGCAGUGGCUUCCGGACGCGACGCUACGUGUCCUAGAGGACGAUGGACCACGAUUGUGGGAGGAGGCAGGGAGGGAUAUGGUCGCGUAUACAUACAUUGACCAUUUGCAUAGGGAGGCAGAGAAUGUUUUUGGAGCGGUUAAUACUGGGUUUACGCUGGAGGUCGAUCCCGAUCAUAAGCUUGCCGUGUUGGACUAUGACAUCAAUGCCAAGAAAACAGCUUUUGAGAAAGAGACAUUUGAAUGCGGGAUAUGUUUGGACCCCAAAAAGGGCUCCAAAUGCCACAAAAUGAUAGACUGCAGCCACAUCUUCUGCCUCCAAUGCCUGCAAGACUUCUACACCGACGCCAUCAAGGAAGGAAACCUCUCCACAGUCCGUUGCCUGACACCAAACUGUGCCAAGGAUCGUGCAAUAUCCUCCUCUUCCUCCACCAGCACCGCGGCAAAAGGAAAAUCCAAAGCCGUCAUCAGCCCCAGCGAACUCCUCCAGAUCGGCCUCCCUGAAGACAUGGUCAAGCGCUACGUAACCCUCAAGUACAAGACGGAGCUCGAAGCGGACAAGGACACAAUCUACUGCCCGCGUCAAUGGUGCAACGGGGCCGCCCGUUCGAAACGGCACAAGAAACCAGAAGGCCUCGAGUUUGCUGAAUCCUCGGGUGACGAAACUCCAGACACAAUCACUGAGGACGACGUUGCUCACGAGAUCGAUGAAAAGGCAAGCACGAAGAACAAGGGCAAAGCCAAGAAAUUCGAUCCUGCGGAUUUACUUUCCGUCUGUGAAGACUGCGGCUUCGCGUUCUGCAGCAGGUGCCUGCAGACGUGGCAUGGAGAGUUUGUGCGAUGCGCACCAAAACGCAACAAGGAGGAGCUUACUGAGGAGGAGAAGGCGUCUUUGGAAUAUCUACAAUUACAUACGAGUCCUUGUCCUACGUGCAAUGCGCCGGCGCAAAAGACACAUGGAUGUAAUCACAUGAUUUGCUCGCGGUGCGAUACGCAUUUCUGCUACUUGUGUUCGGCAUGGCUGGAUCCCGCGAAUCCGUAUAAGCACUAUAAUACGCAGCCGGGUGGUAAAGUGACUUCUUGCUACAUGCGUCUUUGGGAGUUGGAAGGCGGCGAUGGAGAUGACGUCGGGCUGGGCUAUAUUGGUGGACGGGAGCUGGGACGGGUACCUGUUGGGGGCGAGAAUCUCGCGGAGAUCGUUCCCGAGAUUGAAGAGCCCGAAUCUGAGGAUGACUCUGGAUCCGACAACGAAGGAGCCCUAGAGUUGAAUCCUCCCGUUGCAGUUGCCAGAGAAGCGCCCCUCGUCCUUCGCCUCAUGGACAACCAGCCUCGUCGAGGACCAGCUCCUCAGCCUCCUCCCCCUCCCCCUCCUGCCCGAGCAGGCAGAGGGCGCGGCCAGGCAAACCGCCCCCAAGGUCGAGGAAGAGCACACGAACACGCCGUUCCCCGAGGCGGCCCCCAUCGUCGCGGUCAGCCAGCACCACGAGCAGCCCGGGGCCGUCGCCACAGAGCAGGUCGCGGUAACGCAAGACAGCAGAACCCUCAGGAGGCCGGCGCACCUAACGCAAACGCAGGCGCCCUCGACCCAGCCCAAGAAGCUUGGGUCCGCCACUUUGUCCAAAUGGCCCUCAUGGACGUCGAAGACCAAGUCGAGGGUGGAGAUUCCGAUUCUGACGAUGGAAACUGGCAGAUCGAGUGA